CGAAAUUUUUGUUAAAUAUCGACAUUUCUAACCUAAAAACAGUUGAUUGUUUACAUUUUUUUUAACUUUUUUAUUUUUUGUCUUUUUAAAAUUAAUAAAAUAGUUAAAAACAAAUAAAUAUAUAAAAAAAAAUAAUCUUUACAAUAGACAAUAACAAUGAAUAAUGAAAAAGUUAUGAUGGAUAUUUACAAUGCUUUAGUGCAAUUACAAUAUCCAAAGAUAACAUUAAUAAAUUCAAAGGACAUUGAAACACAAAUUCUCAGUGGUGACAAUCGAAUUUGUUUAUUGUCUUGGCUUCUUCAACAAAAUUCGAAAAUAUCCCUACCUCUUUUAAAUAAAUUAAAAGGCGAAGCACUAGAAGAAGAGUUAUUUAAAUAUUAUUCACAAAUUGGUAUUUGCCGUGAUAAAGAACAAUUAUUGGGCAAAUGUUCAUUUAGAAAUCAACAAAGUACGCUUAAAUUAUUAUUAUUGUUUAUAAAAAAUAUUAAUACAAAUCAAAAACUAGAGGAUAAAUCAAAUGAUACGUCUGUCAACGAUACAUUACAAAGCUAUUUUGAGAGAGAUGUGAAUAUUUUACCAAAUGAUUUUAGUCUUAAUACAAAAUUAACACAAGUGGAAACAAAAAAAUAUAUCGAAGAAAUUAGAAAAAAUGUUAAAGAUAUUGAAACGAAAAAUUUUGAUACGAAAAAUAAAUCUUUUAAAAAUAUACCAGAGACAUUAAACGAGGAAAAGUUGAAAUUUCUUCCAGACAUAAAAAGUGAUAAAUGUCAAAUAAGUUUGAAAAAUUUUACAAAAUCAUUUAAAAAUCUCGACACUGAUUCAAAGGAACCGCAAAAUUCUUGGUCAAAAACAUCAAAUAUGAAUGAAAUGAUUGAUAAUAUAAAUAUUAAUUUUUCAACAAUUCAACAGGCAAUUAAUUGUAAAGAAAAAAUUGCCCAAUUAUCAGUUCCAAAAGGAUUAAGAAAAUUAGAUUCACCAUUAACUGAAACCGUAGACGAAAGUGUAUUUUGGCUUCAACGAGUUUCUAAUGCACAAAAUUAAGUCGAUGAAAUUUAACAGAUAAAAUAAAAAAUAUGUUAUUUAAAAUAAAAUAAAGCUAUUUAUUUUCUAAAUAAA